CAAGUGUAUCUGGGGAUGACGCUCUGGUCGAUUCAUUCGAGUUCCAGUGCAAUCAGACCUGUCGGCGCGAGAACUUUGAUAAAGGUUCCAGUGUUACCUGGGUUCAGACCUCCAUCGCUUUUCCCAGAUCAACCUCCGCAGGAUGAUACGAUUAGUGUGUCUUCUAGGAACAAGGUGACAAAUCUGUUCGAAGAAUCUGAUGAGGAAGACUCAACUCCUACGCAUAGACCAACGGCUAUAAGUGCAACGACGAAUGCACAGUCAAGCUACUUCAGAGGAAAUCAGGUGGAAAGGAGAACGGUGAAUCUGUUCUCUGACGAACCACCGCCUUCGAGCCACGAGCCUACACCAACUUCUUCAAUAAGUAAUCACUCGCAAAAGAAACCUGUCAACCUGUUCAUCGACAGUGACGAAGAUGAUUCGUUCAAUAAUAAUUCUUCAUCCAAGAGUAGUAGCGUUUACCAGAAUGAACCUCCGGAGUUGCCUGUUCCGGCGAGAAAGGGUUCUAAUCUGUUCAAUGACGGAGAUAAUUCUGAUGUAACUCCAAAGGCACGUGUUGGUAAAACGGGUGGCAAUUUGUUCGACCAGGUUAACAACAACGAAGCGGAUGAGGAGGAUGAUCUUUUUGUACCAGCUAAGCGAUCGAUCAACGGUGGUGUUGAGGAUAAAACGAAGGGGGUCAGAAGAGUUACAAAUUUGUUCGAUGAUGAACCGCCGGAGGAUGAUUUCGAUCAGAUAUUUAAACCUAAGGCUACGGAUAGGAAAAUACCCGGUGCGAAAAAGGUACUGCCUCCGAUUAGUAAACAGGACAAGGAGGAAGGCAUUGUGAAAAAGCCGAAUCCACAACAGCGAAUAGUUGAGCAAGUUCCGGUGGUAGCACAACGAAUCGUUAAAGAGAAGGUAAAUCUGUUUGACGAUGAUAAUGAUGACGCGAAUGAUAUAUUUUCCGAGAGUGUUACGAAAAAGGAAACUCUUGCACCAAAGAAACCGAAGAUCAAUCUCUUUGACGAUGAUGAUAUCGAUGAAGGAUCGCUUCUAGCAGAACCCAAAUUGUCUGAGGAUCAAAUUAAUGCAAAUGAUUACACAAAAGUGAAGCCAAAAGAGACGAUCGUCAGUCAAAGCAGUAGUAUUCGAUCGGAGAUUCUGAAGAAGUCUAUUUUCGAUUCGGAUUCCAAUGAAGAUGAAGACGAUUUUAUCUUUGGCGGAAAAAGCUCUGUUUCGGCUUCCGUUACGAGAAAAGAACCAGAACCACUUCCGAGGCAAGUGGAGCCGGUUACACCUUUACAAAAGCGUAUUGAAGUUUCGAAUGAUCGGGUACCUGCAGUGAAUACCAGGAUACCUGACGACGUUCCUAAUAUUGAGAAGCAAAGUGUGAACAUCCAGCCAAUUCAACCGGAAUCCAACCAAUCCAGUAUUCGUUCGGAACUUCUUAAAAAGAAAUCAAUUUUCGAUUCCGAUUCUAAUGAGGACGAUGGAGAUGAUCUUCUAUUCGGUGCGAAGAAGAUUGCUUCCGAAGUUGCGGAGAAGAAGGAUACACCGAAAUUUGAAAGUGUACAAGUAACGACCAUUGGAAGUAAUGCAAAGGUUAGUAAUCCAUCGGACGAAACAGAGAAAAUAAAAGAUUUUGUGGAAAUCGCUGAAAAGCCUCCCAUACCUGAUGAGCCUCCUGAGGACGAUGGAUGGGCGAGCGAUCUUAAGCCAACUUAUCCUGAAGUUUCCAAUGACAUUGAUUACUAUCUCACAACCAAAAGGAUUAAUGGACCAUCCGAGUCUUCUGUAUCAACGUCACUGGUACAAUCAAAUCAUGUAGAACCGAACACACCAAACGAUAUAGAAGUUGAGCAACAACAAUCCUCAAAGGAAGAUACCUAUGACGACUCGAAACCUACCACUGUUGAACCACCUCCAGAUGAAGAGAUGUUUCAAAGUUCUAACCAGGAAGUAAACGGCAAUAUUCCGAGUCCGUCAUCCUUACCUCUCGAAACGGAUAAUGAUGCACACAAAAACGAUAGCUCUAGCAACAAAAGUGCCUUAAAUUUCAAUUCCAUUUGCUUGUUCGAUGAUAUCCCACCGCCGGAUGAUUGCUUCGAAGAACCUCGUACAACACUGCUGGCAGUGGACCACACUGAUGAUGGUUUCUAUACUGAACAACCCACCGCUUCAAAUUCGGCCAACGCAAACCACUAUCUCUUUCUGGAUGAUGGCGACGGGCCGCCUCCUGAUGAUGAGGUUGAUGAUGGUAAAGUAACUUCAAAAAUUCAACAAGAGCCCGCCUCUUUCAAGAGCAUAUCAGCCAUCAUAGUGGAGCGUAGCAAAAACGAUUCCAGCUACGAGGGAAAUCGAGAAAAGCCCAAGAUCAAUAGACUGAGCGCAAAAGUUAACAUCAACGUAAAUGCUUUACUGCCGGGAGCCCGAAGACCGCAACCCGCUGCAGCGGUAGAGAAGACACCAGAUAUUACAAAUUCUGCUGAUCAAGUCGAAGGAAGUUCUCCCAAAGAGAACCCCAGAACAGAGCCAAAGCCACAGCCAGACUCCGAAACUGGGUCAGCAAAGUUAGUUAGCUUGAACAAAGGACGUGCUAGAAUACAAACUAAACGAAAACCUCAAUCUAGGCAAAAUCGAAGGUCGAACUAUGAAAACAGCCUAGCAUCCGGGACUACUGAAGGAAUUAAUGAUCAUCCUACGAGUGAAGAAACCCCCAAAGAAGAGGUACGCGUAGUAGUUGGUUCCGAAGAAAAGACCCAACACGUCGAAGUCAUCGCUGCGCACGUAAAGGUCGAUCAACUUCUUAGCAACGAAUUGAUCCAAAAACUUUCAGAUGUGAAACUUUUCGAAAAUGAAACCGAUACGGAAGACAAACUUUUCAGUAUCAGUAUAACAAAACCUUCUCCCAGUGUCCCAAUACCAAAGAAUUUAAAUCAUCCCGUAGUGGCACCUGCUUUCGAAUCGCCUAAGGUACACCAACCAACAUCGAAACCACCCAUCUCUUCAGCAAAACUCUUCAGCGAUGAAGAAUCUGACGAUAGCGAUCUGUUCGGUAAGAUUUCCAAGCCAAUCGCGGUGCAGAAUCCCACCGCCAGUAAACCCAAACAGAACAUUCAGCCAGUCAAACCGGUAACGGCUUCGGUCAGUAUUAAAAAGCAGUCAAUCUUUGGCGAUUCGGACGAUGACGAUGAUCUGUUCUCGAAACCUCAAUCGAUUGCCAAGCCCCCGGCUAAACCAAUCGCUCGACUUAGCAAUAGUGAACCUCCAAAACCCGUCAAGAAAAGCAUAUUCGAAUCCGAUGGCGACAGUGACGAUGAUGACAUCUUUGGGGAUCCAAAAAGGGUGCAGUUGGCUUCAGUAACCGAGCUCCGACGAAAAAGGAUCCGAAGAUGAGUAAACCCGCACCGCCUCCGAGCAGUAAAAGUUUAUUUGGGGAAGAUGACGACGACGAUGAUGAUCUGUUCAGU